UACGAUCAGAAGACCAUGAGUGUUUACGGUGGAGCAGGUGGCCGUGGCACCCGUAGCUCCUCAUCCCAGCAGAGCUACGGAGCAUCCUCCGGAAGCUUCAACGUGUCUGAUGGCCUGGACCUCCACGUCGGGGCCAACGAGAAGGCCACCAUGCAGAACCUGAACGACCGUCUGGGCUCCUACCUGGAGAAGGUGCACAUCCUGGAGCAAGAGAACAACAUAUUGGAAAAGCAGAUCAGAGAGUGGUACCAGAGCAGAACUGUCAUCUGCCACGACUACACCAAAUACUUCGCCAUCAUCGACGACCUGAAGGACAAGAUUUGUAUCGCCUCUAAGCUUAAUUCCAAGACAGUCCUGGACAAUGACAACGCAAAAAUGGCUGCUGGUGAUUUAAAAAUGAAGUAUGAGAACGAGCUGGCCAUGAGGAUGGCUGUGGAGGCGGACGUCUAUGGACUGAAGAGGACGUUUGAUGACAUGAACCUGGCCAAAAUGGACCUUGAGAGUCAGUAUAAGACCAUGAAGGAAGAGCUCAUCAUGCUCAAGAGGAAUCAUGAAGAGGAGUUGGCUCUUCUGAUGAGUCAGAUGGGCGGCGAGGUCAAUGUGGCCGUGGAUGCUUCUCCCUCUACAGACCUGAACCAGGUUAUGUCAGAGAUCAGGGAACACUACGAGAGUGUGAUCGGCAAGAACCGCAAGGAACUCGAGGCGUGGUACCAGAACAAGAUUACAGUGGUGGAACAGGAAGUGAACACUCACACAGAGAUUCUGGUGACGUUCAGCACAGAGGUUAAGGACCUGAAGAGCGCAUUCCAGAUGCUUCAGAUUGAACUGCAGUCCCAUUUGAGCAUGAAAGCGUCUCUGGAGGGCACCCUGGCAGAGACUCAGGCACGCUACGCUGCACAGCUAGCAAGCCUCCAGAACAUGGUCACAAGCCUGGAGGCUCAGCUGUCCCAGCUCCACGCCAACAUCGCCAGCAACAAGCAGGAGUACGACAUGCUGCUAGACCUCAAGACCCGGCUGGAGCUGGAGAUCGCUGAGUACAGGAGGUUGCUGGAUGGGGAGGAUGACAGUUCAAGACAAGUGGUCACGAAGGUCACCACAGUGGUGGAGACAGUUGUGAACGGAAAGGUGGUGGAGAGCAGCAAGACUGUUGAUGUGGACGUGGAAGAGAUUAAGUAAUACAUUGGAAGCAAUAGCAAAAAUCAAUAAAGAUCAUGCAAUUGAAUAAACAAACUUGUGUGUGAAAUGAUGAAAAGAAUAUUCCACAUUUCUAUUUUUGUCCAAAACUGAUGAACAAUUAAUGUACUGUAACAAGUACUGACAUGGCGGCUGAUACCUUAAAGUUACUC